AGCUUCAGUUUCACAGUAGAAGACUCUACUUUCUCUCUCUUAUCUCCAUCUCUCUCAGGACUAAGCAUGCAAGCGCUUGCGCACCAACCUCCCCGCUUUUCCACUUUUGACCCUCCCACGUCGCCAUAUUCACAUGCCCCUGCCCCUCCUCAUCCUCCUCCUUCACCUCUCGCUGCAGCGCCCCCGAGUUUCCCGCACCGCGAGAGGAGGGCGGCAGCAGCAUGGCCGUGUCCGACGUGGAGGCGGUGCUCGAGUUCCUGAGGAAGAACGGGUUCGCGGCGGCGGAGUCCGCCCUCCGGGAGGACCUCCUCGAGAAGCGCGGCCUGGGCUCCUCCGACUUCGAGAAGUUCCUCUUCCCCAUGGCCCCCCGCCCGCCGGUCCGGGUCCCCUCGGGCUCCCGCCGCCCGGGGCCCCUCGCCGUCGUCGGCGUCGGCGUCGGCAGCGGCGGCGGCGGGGGGUCCGUGAGAUCGAGCGGCGCGUCUUCCGACGAUCGGUUCGUGAGCGUGGGGUCCUCCACCAGCGACGUGUGCUCUUCAGAGUUCGUCAAUCCGUAUGGAGUUCGAUCUGUGUCUAGAACCAAUUCUGAUGCUUCUUCUGAUAGACUGUCUCAGUUCGGCACGGCACGCGAAUACAACGAUUAUGAUCUGCAAAAUGACGUGUACUGGUACGACGACAAGGAUGAAGGACACUUCCUGACUCCAUCCUUUCAUGGAUCAGGGCCCUUUGGCUGCCCGACUCAGGAUAAGUUCAUUACGAAUUCAGAGUCGCAGAAAUAUCUCGAUAAUUCACUGGAUUUUAAUGGCACUCUUGACGUGUUUCGAUCGGAUUCAAAUGCCAAUUACUCAAAUAAGCCUAGUCUAUAUGACAUGGCCUUCACAAAUGAAGGACAAAAGCUUCAUCUGUUUGAAAGUCGUCAUUUUGAUGAAGAGAGUCAAUAUGAACUCUUCAAACGUAAGGAAGAGGAUUCCACGCCAUACGGGGGAGGUAUCAUGUAUGAAAGCUAUUUGAACCUUCACAACAAUAGUACAAUCGGCUUCACUUUGAAGGAUGUAGAAGGUGUGUGCUCUGAAGAUGAUUCUGGCACCAAACAUAUAGCAAAUGGGAGUUCUAACAGAUACGCAACAAAGCACACUUCUGAUGAUUCUGUUGAUCGGCCUCUAAGUAGCUCUGAUUUACACAAAAGGGAUCGCGGGGAAGAGUUUAUAUUUGAAAAUAUCGUAAAAAACGAAGAUGUUGAUGAUCCAAUAGAUAAUGGAGAUAUCAGCAAUCCUGAAGCUGUUGGAGGCCAAGGGGAGGAGAGUGUUUUUGCUGAUGAGAUUUUAAUGCAAGAAAAUCUGGAAGAUGAAUAUGAAAUCUUUGACUUGAGGAUCAUACACCGGAGAAACAGGACUGGAUUUGAAGAAAACAAGGAUCUGCCCAUUGUGCUAAAUACUGUAAUUGCAGGGAGAUAUUAUGUUACAGAGUACCUUGGCUCUGCUGCUUUCAGUAAGGUUGUUCAAGCACAUGAUUUGUAUACGGGCGUGGAUGUCUGUCUGAAGAUCAUAAAAAAUGAUAAAGAUUUCUUCGAUCAGAGUUUGGAUGAAAUUAAACUUUUGAAGCUGGUAAAUAAGCAUGAUCCUGCCGAUGAAUGCCACAUAUUGCGCCUCUACGACUACUUUUAUCAUCAGGAGCAUCUCUUCAUUGUUUGUGAACUGCUUCGAGCAAAUCUAUAUGAAUUUCAGAAGUUUAAUCAAGAAUCCGGCGGGGAAGCUUAUUUCUCGCUGAACAGAUUACAGGUCAUAACUCGUCAGUGUUUAGAGGCACUGGACUACUUGCAUCGACUGGGGAUUAUACACUGCGACCUAAAGCCCGAGAACAUUCUCAUCAAAAGUUAUAGAAGAUCUGAGAUUAAAGUCAUUGACCUGGGAAGCAGUUGCUUUAAAUCAGACAACUUGUGCCUCUACGUCCAGUCUCGUUCCUAUAGAGCUCCCGAAGUCAUCCUGGGCCUUCCUUAUGACCAAAAGAUCGACAUUUGGUCACUUGGCUGCAUCUUGGCGGAACUUUGCUCUGGCGAAGUGUUAUUUCCAAAUGAUGCAAUUGUAAUGAUUCUAGCACGCAUGAUCGGCAUGUUCGGUCCCAUUGAUCAGGAGAUGCUGGAACAAGGACAGGAGACACCUAAGUAUUUCACAGAGGAAUAUGAUCUCUACUACAUUAACGAGGACACUAACCAACUGGAGUACAUAAUUCCCGAAGAGUCGUCGUUGGAAGGACAUGUACAGGUUUCUGAUAUUGGGUAUCUUGACUUCUUGAGGAACUUGCUGGAGAUUGAACCUAAGAGGCGUCCUACUGCAAGCGAGGCAUUGGAGCAUCCAUGGCUCUCGCACAAGUACUCUUUCUCUUGCUGAUAUACAAGUCGUGCUAAUAAGUUUUGAAAUGUAUUGAUUGGUCAGUGCUAUUAUUUGAGCACUGCAAAAUUAGAACAGCCUUAGUGUACAUGCAGCUUACGGAGCAAUGUUGAUUUUUUGGCUUGUUCACAUAAUUUUUUUUUUUUAAUCUGUACAAAGCUUUCGAUAUAGAGCCUUCCGUCUCCGGGCGGUCCAAGCUUGGAAAGAUUAAGAGUUGUUGUAAACAUGCUUGAGGUUUACAUCA